AAUUCUUAGCUCCUGAUGAACAUCCACAACUACAAGAGUUGAUUUUCCGAGAUGUUACAAUGAAUAACCAAAUGGUAGAAAUAUAUUAUUCGAAAAACCACCAGAUGUACCAGUUAUACGUAUCAACAAAGGAUGACACGGAAUUUGGUAAAAGUCUAUCAAACGAAGACCAGCAAAAACAAAUCCAACAAAAACAUAACCAAAGAGUUUCGCUGAUGAAGAAGUUCAACAAUAAUUGUGUCUCGAAGUCUUUAAAUUUACAAUUCACAAAUAAAGAUCUGAUCCAGCUAUACGAUUUAAACGACCAAUGUUUCAUAAGCAUACCUAAAUGGCUUGAAAAUGACAACAAGGAAAAAGCAUUACAAGUUUGUGAACGAUGGAGUCGAAUGGGUGAAGAAUCAUCUGGUUUAUCAAGCAAGCUGAAUAAUGAGAGUAAUGACUCUAAUAUGAAUCGCAAUUUUCAAAACUGUCGGAAACUUUUUUUGCAGGAGGCAAAUUGUACCGUAGAAAUAAAUAAUGAUUUGCACCGGGUUGGCAACAUUAUAAGUCCUACAGUAUAUUUAUGUCCAGUUUACACUAUUUGUACGUUUUUGGUGAUAAUUGCGAUAAUAAUUAUAUACCUAUUUUAUAUUGUUAUAAUUUAUCCUGGUUAAAUUAUACCAAUUAUUUAUAAGUU